CUCCGCCUUCCAAAGCUCUCGGAGAUUAAGAAGCCGUGUGCCCGGGUGGUGACAGAGCUGAGGAGGCCGGAGAGCUAGGACGGCUGCCUCCCCGAGCUGUGUCACCAUGCCCAGGUGUGUCAUCAGCCCCAUGUGACAUUUCCCUACACUGUAAGGUUUUCCUCAUUGAUCCAAACUAGAUAAAAACAACUGACUUCACAGAACUUUGGAAACAGUCUUCAAACUCUGAGUUGUACUAACAAUUGAAUACGACAACUGAACUAACACUUGGAAAGACAGAUGCUUUCGCUUUCUUAUUGGCUGUGAGAUGUGCGGAGUUGAACUAUAGAUCUUGAAGCUGACAUUUAUACUUUGUUCUUUAAGACGGGAGAACAUUCCACGUUCUACACCGUUGACAAUUUCUCUUAAUGAGCAAGGAAACUGAAAUCUACUGAUGCUUGAGGCUUUUAUCAGCACGAUGGAGAGAAGCCUGAAGAACGUCCUGGUGCUUUCCUUUGGAUUUCUACUUCUCUUUACUGCCUACGGAGGUCUGCAGAAUCUGCAGAGCAGCCUGCACGGCGCGGAGGGCCUCGGGGUGGCGGCGCUCAGCACGCUGUACGGCGGGAUGCUGCUGUCUUCCAUGCUCCUGCCGCCCGUCCUCAUCAAGACGCUCGGCUGCAAGUGGACCCUCGUCGUCGCCAUGUGCUGCUACGUGGCCUUCUCCCUGGGCAACUUCUACGCCAGCUGGUACACGCUGAUCCCCACCUCCGUCCUGCUGGGACUUGGAGCUGCCCCGCUGUGGUCCGCGCAGGGCACCUACCUCACCAUCAUGGGGAACGCGCAGGCCGAGAAAGCAGGAAAAGUCGGCAAAGACGUGGUCAACCAGUAUUUCGGCAUCUUCUUCCUCAUCUUCCAGUCGUCUGGCGUGUGGGGCAACCUGAUCUCGUCCCUGGUGUUCAGCCAGAGGCCCACUCAAGGGGCCAUCCCGGAGGGGCAGCUCCGGUCCUGCGGGGCCAGCGACUGCCUGAUGGCCACGGCGUCCAGGAACAGCACGAACCAGCCCUCCCAGGAGCUGAUCUACACCCUGCUGGGCAUCUACACGGGGAGCGGCUUCCUGACGGUCCUGCUCACGGCUGCCUUUCUGGAACCCGUAAAAGAUGCCCAGCAGAGACGUGAGGGAGAGAAACAAACGCCACCGCUCUGGUCCACUUUGCUGUCGACGUUCAGGCUGUUCCGAGACAAGCGCCUGCGCCUCCUGGUCCUGCUGCCGCUGUACUGCGGGUUCCAGCAAGCCUUCCUGGCCGGCGACUACACGCGGUCCUAUACCACGUGCGCCCUGGGGGUCCAGUUCGUGGGCUACGUGAUGAUCUGCUUCGCGGCUGUCAACGCGCUGUGCUCCCUGCUGUUCGGGAAGUUGGCCCGGCACACGGGCAGGACGGCCCUCUUUGCGCUGGGCGCCGUGACCCACCUGGGCUGCAUCACCGCCCUCUUGCUGUGGAAGCCGCACCCCAGCCAGCUGCCGGUGUUCUUCGUGUUUCCCGGUCUCUGGGGCGUGGCCGAUGCCGUCUGGCAGACACAGAACAAUGCUCUUUUCGGGGUCCUGUUUGAGAAGGACAAGGAGGCCGCCUUCGCCAGUUACCGCCUGUGGGAAGCCCUGGGCUUCGUCAUCGCGUUUGGAUACAGCAGGUUUCUGUGCGUCAGCGUCAAACUCUACAUCCUCCUGGGCGUCCUGAGUCUGGCCAUGGCGGCGUAUGGGACUGUCGAGUACCUGGAGUCCAAGCCGCUCGCCGCAGCGCCGACAGAGCCAGCCACGGAAGGAGUAACACAGAGGAAAAUGUGAGCAACAAACCCCAUGGGUGACCCCGGAGCAGCUCAGCAGGAGGGUUUUCUCUGAAGACGCUUCAGAGUUUAUCAUUGAUGCUCUACGACUACUUCGGUGAUAUUUCAUUUCUUAUGCGAAGUUUUUUCUAUUUUAUCAAAGUUUUCAGUCCACCGUCUCAUCAGUAGAGAUGCAGAGUAUACAUGAAGGAAUCAGUUAAUUUCUGAUACAAAAGAAAUAAACUCAGGGUACAACCAGCCACUUGGAAGUUGCCUAGAAUCAUGGGGUCAACAGCUUGUUUUUGUUGUUGACAAGAAUUGGAAGGCUGCUUAAAAAUCUCAGCCCGACACCAUCAUCUUACAAACAGGUAAGCUGGGGUCCAGGCAAUUCAGUGACUUCCUCCCCGAGUUAGUUAGCGACAAAGCCAGACUUAGGUCUAUGUCUCUUAAAACUUAUAGAGUAUGAGUUUCUAAAUAAAUGCAAUUCUAUU